AGAGACUUUAUUUUUGUGUUUUUUUUUUAAAGAGGCCUCGCUCGAAGUGUCUACACAAGUUGAGUAUCACUUGGUGAAUGGCUUUGAUAUCAGCCUUUGGUUACCUUCCUUCCUCUCCACCGCUCACCGGAGCUUCUUCUUCUUCCACCAACAGAUGCAGGACGACCGUGUCUGCUCGGUUACCCGACCGAACAGAUGACUUGUCUCCUCUUCGCUCGUCUGAUAGUGAAUUGUGAAGUCAUUUUGGAAGCAGGUGGAGAGUUUGAUCGCAGAAAAUUGUUGGUUUCUUCUGUUGGUUUACUGAUUGGAGCACUAACAUACGAUGAUGGAGCCAUCGCUGAAGCUUCUCAGUUCGCUGACAUGCCAGCGAUUAGAGGCAAAGAUUACGGCAAAACGAAAAUGAAGUAUCCAGAUUAUACAGAAACACCUUCUGGUCUUCAGUAUAAGGAUUUGCGAGUAGGAACUGGGCCUAUACCAAAGAAGGGAGAAAAAGUUGUGGUUGACUGGGAUGGUUACACAAUAGGUUACUAUGGCCGCAUAUUCGAAGCACGCAAUAAAACCAAAGGAGGUUCUUUUGAGGGGGAUGAGAAGGAAUUUUUCAAAUUUACCUUGGGAUCUAAUGAGGUGAUACCUGCUUUCGAGGAGGCCGUUUCUGGGAUGGCUCUUGGUGGUAUCAGAAGGUUGGUUGUACCUCCAGAGUUAGGAUACCCAGAAAAUGACUACAACAAGAGUGCGCCGAGACCAACAACUUUCUCUGGACAACGUGCAUUAGAUUUUGUGCUCAAGAACCAAGGGCUCAUAGACAAGACACUUCUCUUUGAUGUUGAACUCCUCAAAAUUGUACCAAAUUGAUUGGACGAUCUACAUUGGCGUAUAUAUUUUGUCAUGUGUAUACUUCAACAACACAAACAAUUGUAUACAUUGAGCGCAGCUUAUACAUCAGAUAAUGUUAGCUCA